AAUUAAAAUCUUCCCCAUUUUUCUUUUUCUUCUUGAAUGGUUCUUCAUUUGUUUGUUUCUUCAUCAUGCAAUUCUUCACUCAUUAGUCAAAUACGUCUCUGUUUCCAUUUCCAUGGGAAAUUUAGAGCUAUUUCAGUAAUGCCCAUGACCCCAAAUCAGCUGCCAUUAAUGGACCUCUGUUUUUGUAGCUAAUGACUCUGAACUGUGAGAUGGGAUUGUUGUUUCCUCAACUAUACGAAUAAAGCUGGAUCGAUAUUUUUUGUACAAAUCAAGGAAUAUGGCUUCUGUUUCGUGGUUAACAUCGCUCUCUUGCAUUGCGAUUCAAUCUUCAAAAGGGACUUAUCCUUCAACCACUUCCCAAUGGCUGCAAUUCACUUUUCUAUCUCCAUGUCCUCAAAGAGCAAUUUUAUCCUUAGUUGAUCUUCUAUUUCUACUUCUUGUCAUAUUAUUUGCAUCCCAAAAGCUAUAUUCAAAGUUCACUGCCAAAGGCCGGUCCGACUCUGAUUUGAAUGAACUUCUCAUUGAGAAGAGUAGAGCUUGUCUCGAGACUACUAUCUGGUUCAAACUCUCUUUGAUUUUGAGUGUUCUGUUUGCCUUAAUUUGCACUGUCUUUUGUAUUUUAGCAUUUACUAUGAGUAAACAAGCGCAAUGGACUUUAACCAAUGGAUUAUUUUGGUUAGUUCAAGCUGUAACUCAUUCAGUGAUUGCUAUCUUGAUCAUUCAUGAAAAGAGGUUUGAAGCUGCUAGGCAUCCAUUAACACUCCGGCUUUAUUGGACUGCAAAUUUCAUUAUUGUUUGUCUCUUUACUGCAUCUGGGAUUAUUCGUCUGGUUUCUUCCAAAGAAACUGAGGAACCCAACUUGAGGUUCGAUGACAUUGUUUUCAUAGUUUUCUUGCCAUUGUCAAUGGUUCUUCUUUAUAUUGCUAUCGAAGGAUCAACUGGCAUUAUGAUGACCAGAACAGUACAAGAGAUUAAUAAAGACGGCGAGGAAUUUGAACCCUCAAAUGGAUCCAAUGUGACUGCCUAUGCUUCAGCUUCUUCACUGUCCAAAUUACUCUGGCUUUGGAUGAACCCUUUGCUUAAAAAAGGUUAUGUAGCCCCUUUAGUUAUUGACCAAGUACCAUCCCUUGCUCCAGAACAUAGAGCUGCAACAAGGCUAGCAAUAUUUGAAUCAAAAUGGCCUAAACCACACGAGAGAUCUGAGAAUCCUGUUCAAACCACAUUGUUUCGGUGCUUCUGGAAAGAUAUUCUCUUCACUGGUGUUCUUGCAGUCAUCCGUCUUGGCGUCAUGUUUAUGGGGCCUGUCCUUAUCCAAAAUUUUGUUGAUUAUACUGCUGGAAAAAGAAGCUCCCCUUAUGAAGGAUACUACCUCAUAUUGACCCUCGUGUUUGCUAAAUUUUUUGAGGUGUUAACUACUCAUCACUUCAAUUUCAGCUCCCAGAAGCUAGGAAUGCUUAUUCGGUGUACCCUUAUUACUUCAAUAUACAAGAAAGGCCUAAAGUUAUCCUCAUCCGCCCGGCAGGCACAUGGGAUUGGACAGAUUGUAAAUUAUAUGGCUGUAGAUGCCCAGCAACUUUCAGAUAUGAUGUUGCAGUUACAUGCUAUAUGGUUGACACCAUUUCAAGUUGCUAUAGCCUUUGUACUCUUAUAUGCCUAUCUUGGUGCAGCAGUGGCUGCUGCAGCAGUUGGACUUUUGGCUGUCUUUUUGUUUGUUCUUUUUACAACCAAGAAUAACAAUAGGUUCAUGAGGCAAGUGAUGAUGGGUCGUGAUUCAAGGAUGAAAGCAACAAAUGAGAUGCUUAACAAUAUGCGCGUGAUUAAGUUCCAAGCAUGGGAGGAACAUUUUCAAAAAAGAGUCGAAACUUUCCGUGGGACUGAGUUUAAAUGGCUUACCAAGUUCAUGUAUUCAGUAUCUAUCACUAUGGUGGUGCUGGGGAGCGCUCCAGCACUGAUAUCAACUGUUACCUUUGGCUGUGCAAUCCUCUUAGGCAUUCAACUGGAUGCGGGGACAGUUUUUACAGCAAUGAGUCUCUUCAAACUUGUGCAGGAGCCUAUCAGAACCUUCCCUCAGUCUUUAAUUUCACUAUCACAAGCAGUAAUAUCACUUGGAAGGUUGGAUCAUUUCAUGUUGAGUGGGGAGUUGGAGGAGGAUUCAGUGGAGAGGGAAGAAGGAUGUGACAAUGGAAUAGCAGUGGAGGUUCAAGAUGGGUCAUUUAGCUGGGAUGAUGAGGAUGGAGAAGUUUUGAAAAAUAUAAAUUUUAAUGUUAGGAAAGGAGAGCUUACAGCUAUUGUUGGCAUUGUGGGAUCUGGGAAAUCUUCUCUUUUGGCCUCCGUUCUAGGCGAGAUGCACAAAAUAUCUGGAAGGGUUCGGGUAUGUGGGAGAACAGCUUAUGUUGCCCAAACAUCAUGGAUACAGAAUGGGACUAUUGAAGAGAACAUAUUGUUUGGUUUGCCAAUGGACAGACAAAGAUAUACCAAAGUAAUCCGAGUUUGUUGCCUGGAAAAGGAUUUAGAAAUGAUGGAAUUCGGAGAUCAAACGGAGAUUGGUGAACGUGGUAUUAAUUUAAGUGGCGGCCAGAAACAGAGAAUACAACUUGCGAGAGCUGUAUACCAAGAUUGUGACAUAUAUCUCCUUGAUGACGUGUUUAGUGCUGUUGAUGCUCACACUGGGUCAGAAAUAUUCAAGGAGUGUGUUAGGGGAACUCUCAGAGACAAGACUGUCAUACUUGUUACUCACCAAGUUGAUUUCUUGCACAAUGUGGACCUCAUCUUAGUAAUGCGAGAUGGGAUGAUUGUGCAAUCGGGCAAGUACAACGAUUUAUUAAGUACUGAAACAGAUUUUGAGGCCUUGGUUGCUGCACAUGAAACCUCCAUGGAAAGUGUGGAAAAUAGCACUGCUGAAGCAGUUGAAAACCGUCCCUUACUACGAAAAUCUUCAUCCACGCAUAGUGAGGUCAAUGGUGAAAACAAUGUUGUUGAUAAGCCAAACACAGAUAAGGGCUCUUCUAAGCUCAUCCAAGAUGAAGAGAGAGAAACAGGAAGAGUUGGUUGGGCAGUCUACAAAGUUUACUGCACAGAGGCCUUUGGAUGGUGGGGUGUGGCUGUUGUGUUGGCACUAUCUUUGGCAGGGCAAUUGUCGUCCAUGUCCAGCGACUACUGGCUGGCAUAUGAAACUUCAGAUGGGAAUGCCAAAUCAUUUGACUCCUCACUUUUCAUUACCGUCUAUGCAAUACUUGCUUGUGUUUCAUUGGUUUUGGUAGCUUUCAGAUCCUUUGGCACUAUAUUUUUGGGGCUUAAGACAGCUACUGUUUUCUUCUCACAAAUUCUUAACUGCAUCCUACAUGCUCCCAUGUCAUUUUUUGACACUACACCUUCAGGAAGGAUACUAAGUCGGGCAUCGACUGAUCAGACCAACAUCGAUGUGUUCAUCCCCUUUUUCUUGGGAAGUACUCUCGUCAUGUACUUCUCUGUGCUCGGCAUAAUCAUCAUUAUAUGUCAAUAUUCCUGGCCUACAGCUUUCUUCCUUAUUCCACUUGGCUGGCUUAACGUAUGGUAUCGGGGCUAUUUCCUUUCGUCAUCUCGUGAGCUAACUCGUCUGGAUGCCAUCACAAAAGCACCUGUUAUUCAUCACUUUUCAGAAAGCAUAACCGGAGUAAUGACAAUACGCUCUUUUAGAAAACAAGAGCUAUUUUGCCUAGAGAAUAUCAAACGUGUCAAUGCCAAUUUACGCAUGGAUUUCCACAAUAAUGGAUCUAAUGAGUGGUUGGGUUUUCGUUUGGAGCUGCUUGGAAGUCUCUUCCUCUGUAUCUCUACCUUGUUCAUGAUCUUAUUACCUAGCAGUAUUAUAAAUCCAGCAACUGUUGGUUUAUCACUUUCUUAUGGUUUAUCUUUGAAUACUGUGCUGUUUUGGGCCAUUUAUAUGAGCUGCUUCAUUGAAAACAAAAUGGUUUCUGUUGAGAGAAUAAAGCAAUUUACCAUAAUACCCUCUGAAGCAGCAUGGAGGGUUAAAGACAAACUUCCUCCUCCAAACUGGCCUACCCAUGGUGAUGUUCAUCUACAAGACCUACUGGUGCGUUAUCGCCCGAACACUCCAUUGGUUCUCAAGGGUAUCACUCUAAGCAUUCAUGGGGGAGAAAAGAUUGGAGUUGUUGGCAGAACAGGAAGUGGAAAAUCAACUUUGGUCCAAGUCUUCUUCAGGCUAGUUGAACCUUCAGGAGGGAAAAUCAUCGUGGACGGCAUCGACAUAAGCAGGCUUGGGCUUCAUGAUCUUCGAUCACGAUUUGGGAUCAUUCCACAAGAACCAGUUCUUUUUGAAGGAACUGUGAGAAACAACAUUGAUCCAGUUGGCCAGUAUACUGAUGAAGAAAUAUGGAAGAGCCUCGCGCGGUGCCAACUUAAAGACAUUGUUGCUGCAAAACCUGAUAAACUGGAUUCAUCAGUGGUUGCUAAUGGAGACAAUUGGAGUGUGGGGCAGAGACAACUUCUGUGUUUAGGAAGGGUUAUGUUAAAGCGUAGCCAGCUUUUGUUUAUGGAUGAGGCAACAGCAUCAGUCGACUCGCAAACCGACGCCGUGAUUCAAAAGAUCAUCCGAGAGGACUUCGUAAUGUGUACGAUUAUCAGCAUUGCUCACAGAAUCCCAACAGUUAUGGACUGUGAUAGAGUUUUGGUUGUAGAUGCAGGACUUGCUAAAGAGUUUGACAAACCAUCUAGAUUGCUCGAGAGGCCGUCACUAUUCGGGGGAUUGGUUCAAGAGUAUGCUAAUCGCUCAACUGAUUUGUAAGUGAUCGUUGUGCAUUUGCAAUCACUAAAGAAACAAUUGAAGCCUAGUCUUCGACGAAACUUAAACAAUUGGCCCUUUGGAAAGUCAAACAAGAAAUUUAGUAGUAGGAUUUUUUCUUUUAAUUAUAAUUUUUGUAAUUUUGCACACAUUCUCUUUAGUUGCGUAGGACGUGAGUUUCUCUAUUAUGUAUUAUUAUUAUCAGGGUUUUCUAAA